AUGUCUCGGAUUCCCAUCUGGGUACUCUUUGUAUUGAUGUUAGUCCUGUUUCCCUUGCCUGCAGAUGCAGAAGAUGAGCAGGUGAAGGCGGCAUUAGUACAAUUCAUAGAGAAACUUUGGGGAGGAAAUGCACAGAGGAAUCAAAGCUGGGGUUGGAACGUGGGUUCGGAUCCCUGCAACGAUCAAUGGCUUGGUGUUACUUGUGAUUCGCGUUCCAAGACUGUCAGAAAAAUUGUUCUAAAUAAGUUAAAUUUGGCUGGAACUCUUGAUGCUGGUUCUCUAUGUGUGGCAGCGUCUGUUUCUCACUUGAGCUUGGAAGGGAACAACAUUUAUGGCUCUCUACCUGGAGAGAUAGGGAAUUGUACAAAUCUUACUCAUCUGUACUUGAGUGGUAACAGAUUCACUGGCAGUCUUCCUGAGUCUAUGUCAAGAUUGAGUAAUCUGAAGAGGAUCUACGUAUCGAACAAUGGUUUUUCGGGGCAGCUUCCGAAUUUGUCUCGGAUUUCUGGCCUGCUAUCCUUCAUUGCUGAAAACAAUGAGCUUAGUGGGGCAAUACCAAGUUUUGAUUUCUCUAAUCUUCAGGAAUUCAAUGUCUCCAACAACAACUUCAGUGGACCAAUUCCUGAUGUCCAGGGGAAGUUCUCUGCAGACAGCUUCUUAGGCAAUGUUGGAUUAUGUGGGGAGCUACUAUCAAAUGCAUGUCCACCUUCUUCUCCAACACCACCAGCACCAGCACCAGCACCAAAAGAGAAGCUGAAAGAAUCAUCGACGGAUCGAACUCUUAUGUACUCAGGCUAUGCGAUUCUUGGUCUAGUGGUUGUGGUCUUUGUUGCCUUCAAAGUAGGAAGUAAAAUGAGGUCCAAAGAAGAAAAGUUGGGUGAGAAAAAGAAGGGGAGGGCAGUGAGUACUAGUAGCGACAAGCCGAGCGGGAUUUCUAGUGACUACAAGACUGGUACCACCAGAUCAGAGUAUUCAAUCACUUCUGCUGAAAGCGGUAUGGCUUCGUCGAUGCUUGUACUUCUUACGAGUCCUGUCGCUAAGAGAUUGAGGUUCGAGGACUUGCUUCGAGCACCAGCAGAGCUGCUUGGCAGAGGAAAGCAUGGAAGCCUAUACAAAGUCAUUCUUGAUGAUGGAACAAUUGUGGUUGUGAAGAGGAUCAAAGACUGGAGCAUUUCAAAAGACAAUUUCAAGAAGAGAAUGCAAAGAUUAGACCAAGUGAAGCAUCCCAAAGUUCUACCAGCUGUUGCCUUUUAUUGUUCAAACCAAGAGAAGCUUUUGGUUUAUGAGUAUCAGCAAAAUGGCAGCCUCUUCAAUCUUCUCCAUGGAUCGCGACAUGGAAGGCCGUUUGAUUGGGGAAGCAGACUGAAUGCUGCAGGCAGCAUUGCUGAAGCGCUGCAAUUCAUGCAUGAGGAAUUAUGGGAAGAUGGGAUUGCUCAUGGAAACCUGAAAUCUUUGAACAUUUUGUUUAACAAUGCUAUGGAGCCACAGAUAAGCGAAUACGGCCUAAUGUUAGUCGAUAAUGAAGAUCGUUCCUUACUCUCCAAAACCAAUCUUGCAGGCUAUGUACAGAAACAGAACUCAUUCAAUGUUGAUAUCCACAGCUUUGGAUUGAUUCUUCUUGAGCUUCUGACUGGGAAAUUAGUACACAGUAAUGGGAUCGAUUUGACGAAUUGGGUCCAAUCAGUUGUUAGAGAGGAAUGGACUGUUGAAGUUUUUGACAGAGUUUUGGUCUCAGAGGGUGCAAGUGAAGAGAGAAUGGUGAACAUGUUGCAGGUAGCUUUGAAGUGCAUAAAUCCUUCACCCAGUGACAGACCAACCAUAAAUCAAGUUGUGAAAAUGUUAAAUGCAAUCAAGGAUGAAGAAGAAAGAUCCAUUAGCUCUGAUGCAUAGCAUAACAA